GUUGCGGGUGUCAUCGGCAAUUUGCUGGUUGUCAUUUCGGUUAUCAUCGAAAGAAAGUUGCGGACCAUCACUAACUACAUCCUCGUGUCGCUCGCCAUCGCCGACCUCCUCGUCAGUCUGGUCGUCAUGCCUGGUUACAUUGCGCAGGAA